AAAAAAAAAGCAAGCAAGCCACAACGGUGGACGUGGAAUGCAUACAGUAUUACUCGCUGUCACAGCCAUGGAUCUGUCACUGUGAGAAAGCAGAUAUUAGUACGGAGACUGGGGAAAAUACUACAAUGAAGGAAGCUUUCGCUUGACUUAAUUUGGAUUUGACCAGUGAAGGAAAUAAGUAACUUUCGAUUAGCUCGCACGUUUUUCUAAUCGUUUGCGUUAUACGUGCGUUCAAAUUACGUGCAAAUGCUCACCAAAGAGAAACACGUCUAGUUUAGCUGUUGCCCUGUUCUCAUAUUCAUCGGCUUUGCUCGCACGUCCGGCUUUGUGAUGGCUCCAAUGGGCAUCCGGCUGUCCCCGCUCGGCAUAGCCGUGUUCUGCUUGCUGGGAGUCGGUGUGAUCUAUCACCUAUACGCGGGAGUUUUAUCCAGUAGAAUCGCCUCAUUCAGACAGAAAAGGACUGUGGAUCUGAGAGACCUGCUCGCGCUGUCCAUGGAGGCUGCGGUGCAGGGCGGACGGGAGGUGAAGAGGAUCAGGGAGGAUAACACACUAGAGGAGAAGUCAAAGGGCAAAACAAAAGAAGGGGCCAGUGAAAAGCUCACGCUGGGUGAUCUGAACUCCCACCGCAAGAUGUUCUACUUGAUCAAGAACACCUACCCUUAUAUACAGGUGAACUCAGAAGAACAUGCUAAUGCCGAGGGUGAGGCCACUGUGUGGACACGCAUCAUCCCUGAAGAAAUUCUGGGAAAGAUCUCAGGGGUGAAGGAGGUUCCUGCAGAAAGGAUCACAGUGUGGAUUGAUCCACUGGAUGCCACUCAGGAAUACACAGAAAAUCUCCAGAAGUAUGUCACCACUAUGGUGUGUGUGGCUGUGGACGGGGAUCCUGUUAUAGGCGUGAUUCACAAACCCUUCACUGGGUACACAGCAUGGGGUUUUGUUGGAGAGGGAUCCAAUGUGGCACCUCGUGCUUCCUACAACACAAACUUUCCUAAGGUGAUUGUUUCACGCUCACACUCAGGCAAGGUGAAGAGCUUUGUUCAGGUGGCCUUUGGCAACAAUACGGAAAUUAUACCAGCAGGGGGUGCAGGAUAUAAGGUACUAGCUCUUCUAGACCCCACUGAUGAAGAACAAGAGACAGCCGAUAUUUACAUCCAUGUGACGUACAUCAAAAAAUGGGAUAUCUGUGCGGGUGAUGCGAUCUUGAGGUCUCUUGGUGGUCAAAUGACAACUCUCAAAGGAGAGCAGAUUGAUUACUCUGGGACAGAGGGAAACAAGGGUGGCCUACUGGCAAGCAUUAAAACUGACCACAAGGCAUUGGUGAAAAGACUUCCACCCUGGGAAGAGAGCAAACAAUAAUAAAUCACUGCCCGGUCCUGUCCCUAACACUCAUUUUCUUUGGUACCACAAAGUUGUGUAGAAAUAUGAGGAAAUAAAAGAUUUGCUUAUGACACUAUGAGUGAACCAACAUCAGUGAAUGAGUGAGUUUGAAAACUGCUACAGGUUAUAAACAAAGGAAGUGUGCCUUUGGGUUGUACAGGUCAUUAGCUAUGUAUUUUGUGACACAUUUAAAGAAUGUUUGAGUGAAAGUGAAGUAAAAGUGCGGUGUCAAUUCAUGAGGUCACCUUUAUUUUAAUAAUUAAUCUCUGAGGUGAACCAGUAGCUUUAUUUCAUUUCCUGUUUGUUUUUUGAGAGUGUUGUUUCAAAAAUGGCUGGUAAAACCAGUUUUAAAUGGUUUUGGGUGAAGAUUUAACUGUGAAUCCAGAGAUAACUUGAAUAUGACAUCCUUAUGCAUAGCACUACUUCUCAUAAUUGACUACACUGCUCCCCUUGGUGGUGUGUUUUCAGUUUUGUGUGUCAGAUCUCAAUUUGUAAGGUUUAUACACUGAUACCUGAAUUGCAGUGUGAUUAGACUACAUAGGUUUAAGCACCACAUGUAAAUAAGAAUACAUAAUACAGUAUGUUAAGGUAUAAGUCUUUUGUUUUUAAGAAAAGUUGGAUAGAAAGUUAAAUUGGAUUUAAUGGAGUAGAUCCACAGACAUUACUGGGUGAUUCAUUCACAUCUGUUGUAGAACUUUCACUGUGAUUGCCAGUUUAAAAAAAUGUAUUUUUGUAUGAGUAUUCAUACCCUUGCUAUGAUUGUUUGUUGAGUCCCUAUGGAUAGUCAUGGUACUGUUUCCCUUCUGACAAAAACCUUGUGUGCAUGAAAAAAAGAAGAAAGAAUAAAAGCAGUAAUUUGGGGAAUGGGGGAAAAUCUGCAUGUGCCAUUUUACAGAUCUUGUCUGAUAUUUGAGGCAUGUAAUUUGGCUUCACAUUGAUAGAUGUCUUCAUUCUGCCUUUUUUCCCCUGCAUAAAUAAAAUGAUGGGUUUUAUGGAGUGAACCUUAUUUUUAUUUAUUUAUUUUUGUGCAAUAGCAUACACAGCUGUGAAAAUGGUUAUUAAAUCUAAAACCUUAUAAAAUUUUAAUUAUUUGAAAUAAACAUUAACUGAAAUAAAAUAUAUGAAAAAAAAGGCAAGGCAAUAUUUAUGACUUUAGUUUAACUUGAUGUAGGCCUACUGAAAUAAAACUGAAAACAACAAAAUGACUAAAAAUUGGAACUAAAAUAAAAAUGGAAAAUUAAAACUUGAAUCUUUUUUUCUUUAAAAAAUAAAAGCAUAUUUAAAUGUGCUUUUAUUACAUUUAAAUGAUCUAAACAUCUGUUAGCAGAUUUUUAGCAGUAUUGGUCAACACAUCUUAAAGAUGUUCAUAAAUGUGAGCCAACAAGAGCAUCAGUUUGUCCACCACAAGGUGGCAGGAUAGUUUUAUCUUGUGUUUUUAUACAUGCUUGUAGAGUAAGUACUUGUAUUUCAUAUGUUCAUAUAAAAAGUAUAAUAUGCUAAACAAAAACAUGUUUUUAUGAUCAUGGAGCCAUAUUUAGUUUCUUGACCAGCAUAUUUUACAUAAAGCAUUUUACAAGACCAGCAUUUUAAAACACAAAUCGGAGUGUGCAGUGAACACAGCAGGCAGUGAAGCUGAGCCACUCAAUUCUUGUUUUCCUGUUUCCACACCAUCACACUCUUGCAGCUUUAAAUUAAUUGUCCAGCACCUCACAGCUAGCUAUGCCACACUGUCUUUCUGCAAUCCUCAUGUUUUUAUUUCAGCAGACGUCUUAUAUUAUCACAGCAUGCCAUUCUAACCCUCUGUGACAGAUCCUAAACUCCAGUGCGUCACUGUUCCAACAGCAACAAUGUAGAAUUAGACAAAAGUCAUGCCAAUCUCCUGAGAUGGCUUUUAUCGAAGAAAGAGCAAAUCCAUAUUUACAGUAGGUCAAUCGGUGGGAUAGAUUAAUAUGUUUGAAAUAAAAGUUUUACCUUAUUACAAAAAGUAGGCCUGUUUAAUAAUGUGACAUAUGUAUAUGUUUCCUGCUCAUCAAAAACACAACUGGCUGCUGAUUCUUGCCAUGAUCAGCAUAUUUAUGGAUUAUUGCAUUAUUCAUAGUUACAAUCUAUUACCAUCUCACUGGUCAUAUUGAUGUGUUGCUAAAAGGCUUGCUGACAUUUCUUUGAUGUGCUAAAGAGAAUUGCACUUAAUGGUGUUUUUAUUCACCAUGUCUGGCUUGGCUCCAGAAUACAGAUGUUCUUGGUAAAAUGUUGAUUUACGUGGCCGUUUACACACCUCGUGUUUCUAUAAAUUGUUUGUCCCAGUACAGUUGUGUUCAAAAUGAUUCAUACUCUUAGUAAAUGUGAAAGAAGGCAGUGAAAAUAAGUCUGCAUUGUUUAUUCAUUUAAUCUUUCAUUCAAAAGUUAAAAAAUAUAACCUUUAAAUGAAGUAAAAAAAAUAAAAAUAAAAAGGCCAACCCAGUCCUCUGACCUGAACCCUAUAGAAAGUGGGUGGGGUGAACUGAAGAGGAGAAGCACCAACAUGGACCUGGAAAUCUGAAAGGUCUAGUGAUUCUGGAUGAAGGUCUUUGAUCUCUUGUCAAAUAUUCUUCAAACUCAUCAGGCAUUACAGGUGAAGACUCUGUUAUCUUGGCAAAUAGUAAAAGAGAAUGAUUAAUUGUGGCCAACAAUGUGUAUUAGAGAAACACAUUUAUUUCAUAAUGAGAUUUCCUCCCCCAUUUUAAAAUUCUUAUUCCAAUGAGUUACAAUGUUUUUUGUUUUGUUUUUUAAAUCAAAAAUAUAAAGGAUUAACAUUUAUGCAUUUAGCAGACGCUUUUAUCCAAAGCGACUUACAUUGCAUUCAAGUUACAGUUUUUACAUUUGAUCAGCUCUUGCUUUCCCUGGGAAUCGAACCCAUGAUCUUGGCGUUGCUAGCGCCAUGCUCUACUAAUUGAGCUACAGGAAAGCCAAUGUAUAUUUAGUUUCACAGCCUUCUUUGAUCAUAUUUACAAAGGGUAUGAAUAAUUUUGAGCACAACUGUAUAUACUUUAUAUAUUCCUUACAAAAGUAUUCCGAAGGAGUGGAUUACAGAUCUACAAUGGCCUUCAUAAUAAUAUUAAUUAUAAUAUUUCUUGAAUAAUUAUUAAUCAAAGUUAAAUUUAUGCAGAGGCAUGGGAAGUGGGGGUGCUGACCCUGCUAAAAAAACAAAACAAUAGAAGCCCAAUAGAAACCAUCACAGAAAUUCCAAUGGUUUCCAUUAAAAUACCAUUAUAAACCAUUAGCUUUUUCCAGUAAAACCAUUACAAAGUUCCUUUUUGUAGUGUGUUUUGGGCAUUUUUCCAAUAGGAUUUAACAUCCCACCAAUAGAAUCCGUCACAUACCAGUAGACACCAUUAUAGUUUCCAUUAAAACCAAUACAAUUCCCAUUAUAACCAUUAAAACCAUUACAUUUUUGAGAGGUUCCGGUUUCCGCUCGAAGGUGGGAAGCGCAGAGCUCUGCCGAAACAAUACAUUAAUAUAAUCGUCUGAACUCUCAAAAGUUAACAAAGCAAGGACCAAAUGUAAUAUGGUAUUACCCUAGUACCCUAACAACAAAACUUCUGCUAUGAAGAGGAACUUGCGGAUGGGUAAAUCGAAACAAAUUAAAAAAACGCUAAGUCCCUUCACAGUCUGCAGUCCAAAAAUGGCGGAGAAAGAAACGGAGACUACACAAUUAAACACAUCGGAGAGUUUGAUCUCGCUACAGACACUAAGAGAGGAACUACAGGCAUCCAGAGAAGCAGUGCUGGGGCAGUUAAAAGCUGAGAUAACGACUUCGUUUAAUGAUAUCAAAGCAAAUAUUUCCUCUCUGCGCGAAGAGACGAAAGUGGACAUUCGUGCUAUACAUGAAGAGCUAGCCGGUGAGCUAGCAUGCCUGCACUCGGUACAUGCAAAGACAGUUAGUAAUGUCGAGGAAAUGGGAAACACCCUUAGCGAAACCAUAGAUAGAGUAACAGCACUGGAACAACCACAACAGGCGAUCGCUAAAGAAUAUAAGAAAUUACAGGACAAAUGCCUGGAUCUAGAAAACAGAAGCAGGAGGCAAAACCUUCGCCUGGUGGGCAUUAAAGAAUGAGCUGAAGGUGGGAACAUGAUCAGAUUUCUGAUAGACUUCUUUUCGAUGAGCUUGGUGCUGAGAACUUUACCUCGGAUGAUAGACCGAGCGCAUCGUAUCACUGUAAAAACUAAAGGUGCCUCAAAGAUCCUUUUGAGUACUCGAGGAACUUCAAAAUGUAAUUUAAGUGCCUCAAAGCUCUUUUUUUCAUUAUAGGGUUCCUGGAGGAACCAUUUCAGUCUUUGCAGUUCUUGCAAGAACUUAUGGGAUCCUUGAAGCACUUUGUUUCCAGUUCUGAGGUUCUGGAGUCACCCUUUCAUUACACUGAGACCUCAAGUGCUCUGGAAGUUCCUGGAGGAACUCAAAUUUUAAAAAAUGGUUAUUGUAAGAUCUGUUAACAUUGAAAUGGUUCCUGGAAGAUCUGACUUGUAAAAGCCACUCUCUGGAGGAACCCAGAGAUUCAUGUGACAGAAAUGAAAUAGGACUGAUUAUUAUUAUUGUUAUUAUUAUUAUUAUUAUUAUUAUUAUUUAAUUUUUCGGAAUGGUACAGAACGUAAUCACUUUUGUGGCACUUGGCAUGUGAAAAAAAAAAACUUGGGCAUGAUUAGAAAAGGCUCAAUAGUCUUACAAAUUGUCAAAAUAAAAGAAGAAGGGACAUGCAAAAUCUACAAAUCAGCCAUGUAUUUCUAAAAAUUAUGUCUGAAAACACUGUUUUCAGCAAUAGGGAAUAUACACAUAUAAGGCCAUACAGGCAGUGGCUACACCAUGGUAUUAUAGAUUAUUUUCUUUAUUUCUUUCUGCCAGAUUGCACUUUUAUAUGCCUCCAUUUGUUGGAUUUUAAAUACUUUUGUUGUAUAACUUAAAUACUGCAAUAACUAAAAAUAGUUUUUAGUUUAGAAACAAAUGUAAAAUUAUUUGAAGGUAGAUAUUGUUUUCCCUGAAACUUUAAAGCAAACGUUAAAAAUAUUAUUGAACUAAAUAUGGCUCAACACAUUGAUUUCAUUAAGAAUACACUAAUUAUAACAAUCAGUAGCUACAAGUGUAAUAUUUUGAAUUUUUAUUUCCCUUAUGAAAUAACUUUCAGUUAUUCAGAAAUAAUUGUUUAACAAUUAAUAUAAUAAAAAAAAGUAUGCUGUUGUCAAGAAGAAGAAAAUGUACUAGGGCUGGUGCGUCCUCGCGCACCUGCUGUCUGCUCGCGCGCGCGGAAAUGCGAUUUAAGUUAAGUAUCAUUAACGGUUCCUCUCUUCAAAGAAACAACUACAGCGCAGGACUGUCUAACAAAAGGUGAAUAAAUUCUCCAAAAUAAAUAUACUGUACAGAUUUACUAUUUGUACACAAAUUUCUGUACUGACACGCUUACUGAAUGUUUUUAUAUUUAAAUGUUUGUUUAACCGCUAAUUUAAUAGCCGCGAUGCUAACUAUCAUAAUGAACUUCAUGGGACGAAAUGGAGAAUAUUAAAUCACAAACGGUGAUUUUUAGUCAGCUUUGUUCAUUAUGUUCACUUUUAGUCAUUGUAACGCUCUUCUUUUCUGAACUAAUUUGUUGUCUUUUACGUUUGUUAAAUCGUUACCCAUCCAUGUUACAUGUAGACUAUCUAAUUUAUUUAACUUAUUUUUCGAUUCAUUUAACUUACAGAAAAAAAAAUGUUUUUGUCCUUUUCUCUCCUCAGAAUGUAUACAUACUUGUUCUCUUAAAAUUUCACAGGGUUCACUGAGCAGCACUAAUGUAAGUAGGCCUAUUUAUUUUUUUACUUUGAAAUAACUGAAAUAGUGUUUCAGAGUGAGGCCUAACGUUAAUCCAAAAUUAUAUAUGAAUCCAGUCUUAUAUACACUAUUAACCUUACACUGAAUUGAAUUAAAAAGUUUAUAAUUUUUUAUCCAUGUUUUCUUUUUUUUUCUUUUUUUUUAGCAGUUAAUGAAGAGGUUGUAUGUUUCAUGAAUAUCGCUCUGUAGUGGACUGCUGGAGCUGCUAAUGUCUCUUGCUGGCUGACAAUAAAUUGAUCUCUCUGGACUUACCUCAUCUUUUGAAGGUGUGUAAAUAAGUUAACAAUUGCGGAGAAACAUCAGAAACCGCUCUAAAACAUUCAAUUACUUAUACUUUAUGUUUUUUUCCCCCCUUUUAUUUUCUUCUGAGAAAUCCGAGCCUUGCUCCUGAUCCUGCUGUGCUGGACUGUAUAUGAUUAAUUGAGAAUCAUACACUAACUGUGGUAAUGGAGACCCAUUUGGUGAGAGCAGCACUGCAGAUUUUCCUGAUGGUGAGGAGCUACUUGCUGACGAACCUACCAACAUGAUUUCACCUUAUACUAUAAGUGCCUUUGUUCUAUUCAACAUUAUACAGAAAAGCUGUUAAACGUACAGCAAAGUGUACUAUUUUUCUGCUGCAUUUGUUGGGUAUUCAAGAGGAGAUCAUCAAGCUACCUACAGCUGUCUUGAGGCUUAUCAAUUUCUUAAAAUUUCCUGUGUGAAUUUUACCAAUCUGUGACCUCCAUUUAGAACAAGAAAGAAUGUUAUCAUUGACUGCAAUGUACAUUAAAUUUGUAAUUAAAUUUGCUCAUUUGAAUUGUACUAUUUUUGAGGUAUGAUUGUUUUAAACUUCUAAGAUAUUUGAGUCACAUUUAUUUGUUUAUGGUUUUGUCAAGGUGUAAGUUUUAUUUUUAUUUUUUUAUAACAAUAUUAACACUGGUGUUCCCAUGAAUUGGAUUGUGUUGUGCAGUAUUGAUUAUUUAUAUGAAACUUCUAUGGAUAUUGUUGUUGUUAAUCAAUAAACGAUGUUUGAUAUGUA